AUGACAGUUUCAAGAUUUGAAACUGUAGUUAUUGCCGGAGCCACGGGUAAUGUGGGUUAUCCGAUCGCUGAAGCUUUUUUAAAUGAUGGAUCAUAUAAAAUUAAGAUUUUUCGUAAGAAACCCGAAAAUAAAAAUGAGAGAGCCGAAUUAUUAGCUUCUAAAGGAGCCGAAAUUGUCUAUGUGGAUUAUACUCAAAAGGAUGAUUUGGUUAAAGCACUCAAGGGAACUGAUGUUAUCGUAAGUGCUGUAAAAGCCAUAAGAUUCAAAAAGACGAGUGGCGAUUUUUAUAAUAUUCAAUUACCAUUGUUGGAAGCUGCUAAAGAAGUUGGUGUGAAGAGAUUUAUUCCAUCGGAAUUUGGUGGUGAAUAUACGCCUGGUCAUACUCAUCCGUUUUUUGAUAGCAAACUCCAAAUUCGGGAAGAACUAGAAAAAAGUGGAAUGGAAUAUACGUACAUCUUUACUGGAAUAUUCCAAGAGUUUGUUGAAAUGUUAGGAUUUGAUCUUAAGAAUAAGACAGCUAAAUUUUACGUGGAUGGCAAUUCAAAGAUACACUCCACUUCUUUAGCGGAUAUUGGUAAAUAUACCGUCGAAUCACUUAAAUUACCCGAAGCUCGUAAUGCUACCAUUAGAGUAGCUGGUUCAAAAUGGAAAGUUGUUGAAGAUAGAGAAGUUCGACAUCGAUUCCGUAGCCAAAUCCCAUCAAGUGCCGAUUUAAAAGCUUUCGUUUGCGAAAAUGGUACAGUCACCGAUGAUUUAAAAGCCUUCAUUUGUGAAAAUGGUACACUCAGUAAAUUGGAUAAUGAUAAAUUUAGUUUUACUCCUAGUCCUCUUUCCGAAUAUUUUAAUACCGUAGUGAAAGUGAAAGUAAAAAAUACAUAG